AUGAAUGAAAUUCCUCACGCAAACGAAAAUUUUUGUUUCGAUAAUGAACCUUCCGAUAAAUUUCUUCCCAUUCACGAAGAAGAAGAACUAAUAAAUUUCUUUCUGGAAAAGAAGAAAAAUGGGAAAAUAUCUAGACCCCCCAAUUCAUUUAUGGUAUAUCGACAUUAUUUGACCAAUAAACAUAAAAAAGAAAAUGUAAAUUUGAGAAUUGCGGUACCGGAUUUUUCCAGAUUUGCAACAAAUUCUUGGGAAAAUAAGUCCCCGAAAUCGGCGAACUCUCAAGCAUUUUCUUCCUUUCCAGCAUCAACCACCAUUUCAUCUUAUUUAAAACCUCAAAAUUCUAACUAUGACGUCACACUUUAUGAAGAUCAACAAAAUGAUUCAAUAGAAAACGUUCCUCCACUUCCUUAUCUAAAUGACAACAACUAUUCAAAUCCAGUUGAUUUUUUUGCUCCCUUAAAUCAAAUUUUAAGUGGCAAUGAUAAUGAUUCAGUUAAUUUUUUUGCUCCCCUAAAUCAAAAUCCAAGUGACAAUUACUACUCAGAAUUAACAAAUUCGGUUAAUUUUUUAAAUCAAAAUUCAAGUGACGACCAAUUUUAUUUCAAUAAUUCUCCGGAAUUAACAACUGACUUGAACGAAUUUUCUUUAAAUAAUCAACUUUAUACCUAUUCUCCAAUUUCCAAUUCUCCGGAAUUAACAACCAACUUGAACGAAUUUUCUUUAAAUAAUCAACUUUUUAUCUAUUCUCCAAUUUCCAAUUCUCCGGAAUUAACGAACGAAUUUUUUUUAAAUAAUCAACUUUAUACUAGCGUUUUACUACCUCCAAAUAUCUACUUAUUUCCAAAUAAUGAAAUCCAAUAUAUGAUUCACCAUGUGCCACCUGAUCCGCCUGACGGAAAUUUAAUUUAA